CAAAACCUUAAACAUAUGGUAAAACGUUUGAUUCCUAAUGUAUGGUAUGAUGAUAUGCAUUCCAGGCAGAGGCAGUGAUACUCUUGUAAAAAUUCCCCAACUGUCCGAGGCACAAAGAGACGACGGAGAAGUUGAAGAAAAGCAGCUAUUAGCACACAAACCAAAUACCAACCCACCCAUUUUGGUCCCACCACUCAAAUUUCCAAAGCAACCUUUAAAACAAAGUUAAAGUUAAAGUCAAAUCAAUUUUGACAAAGUGGAACCAACAAACAAACAAUCCUUCAAAUCCAAACGCUCAAAAAUAUGACAUCUCCACAUCCAUCCAACACUCUCAAAUCAAAGAACCAAUUCUCAAACAUUAUUUUCAAGCUGACCCUUUAAUCUAUUCUUUCUCCUUCAACUAGAAAGGAUACUGAGUGUGUAUUAAGCUAUUGAUUAGGUGAAUUGAAUAUCUGUUGGAUUGAGUGAAAUCAUGAGAGGUGAAAUGGUUAAUGGGUCAUGGCUUAAUUCUUUGUGGCCAGUUUCGCGCAAGAAUGUAUUAGAUAACAAGGCGGUUGUUGGAAUUUUGGCGUUAGAAGUUUCGAGUUUGAUGUCGAAGAUAAGUAAUUUGUGGCAGUCUUUGAGUGAUUGGGGGGUUAUGAAUUUGAGGGAAGAGGUAGUGAACUCUGUUGGGAUUAAAAUGUUGGUUUCUGAGGAUGAUGAUUACUUGAUGGAGCUUGUAUUGAAUGAUAUACUCGAUAAUUUUCAAUCUCUUGCGCGAUCUGUUGUUAGGUUGGGUAAGAGGUGCACGGAUCCGGUUUACCACGGGUUUGAACAUUUUGUUCGUAGUCCGGUUCAAAAUUAUACUCAAUGGUCGGGAUGGGAAUACAAAUGGAAAAAGAUGGAGAGAAAAGUGAAGAAAAUGGAAAAGUUUGUUGCUUUCACGACACAAUUUUGUGAAGAGCUUGAGGUACUAGCAGAGGUUGAACAGACUUUCCGAAGAAUGCAAGCAAAUCCUGAACUGCAUCGGGUAAAGUUGCUCGAGUUUCAGAAGAAGGUCACGUGUCAGCGCCAGGAAGUGAAGAAUCUAAGAGACAUGUCUCCAUGGAGUAGAAGUUAUGACUAUGUUGUCCGGUUGCUGGUAAAAUCACUAUUUACCGUACUCGAGAGGAUCAUAUUUGUGUUUGGAAAUAAUCACUUACCAUCUUUACAGCAAGAAAAUGACUCUCAGGAUAUGAAUGCUAAUAAUCUUCUCCGUAGUCAAUCUUUUUCUGUUUUUAUGCAUUCUUCCAUUUAUCCUUCAGAGAAUGAUCUCUACAGAUUCAACUCAGGUCAUGUUGGGAGAAAGCCGUACUUUUUAUUCGACAAGAGCAAAAAAAAUAAGGACCAUAAGAAGGUUCUUCCUUCAUCGGAUAAACGUGGAAAGCACAAACGUUCGGAAAGCAAGCAGUUAGGAAAUAUCGGUCCAUUCAAAAGUUGCAUGUCUGUUACAAGCAAUUCUCCUGUCAUACAGAGUUAUGUGCAGACAAAUGGUUAUGGUGGUUCUAUGAGGUUGACUGAUUCUUAUAUGAAACACGUCGAUAAAAUGAAAACAGUCGAGAAAUCGUAUAUCUCCAACAGAAUUAGAAUAUAUUCUAAACUAUGCAUCAACAACAGGUUAAAGCCAACUUCAUUUACCCUUGGCGAUGCAGCUUUAGCCAUACAUUACGCAAAUACAAUUGCAUUGAUCGAAAAGAUGGCAUCGUCGCCUCACUCAAUUGACCUUAAAGCAAGAGAUGAUUUGUACAAUAUGCUUCCAACUAGUAUAAAAGUUACUCUGAGGGCUAAGCUCAAAUGCCAAGCGGAAAGCAAAUCUUCCUCAAUUCAUGAUGCAGACCUUGCAGCAAAACGGAGUCCGGUAUUCGAACAGACAUUGGAAUGGUUGGCUCCACUUGCACAUAACACUAUAAGUUUGCAUUCAGAGAGAAAUUUUGAGAAGGAGCAUACAACUGUAAAUGGAAAUAUUUUACCGGUGCAAACUCUUUAUUACGCAAAUCAGGCAAAAACUGAAGCUGCAAUGGUUGAUCUUCUUGUAGGUCUCAACUAUAAGUAUGUAGGAUUGAAAACAAAAGUAGGCAUGAGAGAUAGAAUGGAGUUUGCUAGCUCUACAUCAGUUAAUGGUCCUUGUAUGAGAAAUAUAAGAAUGUAAAAUUAUUGUUCUUGAAGUUGUAUAGUUAUCAUUUUCAAAUGGUACUCUAUGAUCUUGUAGUAGUACUUUUGAUAUUAUUACCUUGAUUCUACUUUUAGUCU